GUUUUGACAAAAAGACGUCUCAUUGGCUGGGACUUUCAUGUUGUGUUCGACUUGUUAGUAGGUAGAGCUCAUUCACGCAGUGUGUCACUCAAGUGUGGGGGAAAAAAACAUGGCCGAAAGCGGAGAUGCUCCUUCUGUGGCGGUGCCUGAAGACAAUUUGGAUGCCUUCAAUGUGUUUUCAAAUAGGAAGAAUUCAUCAAAUGCAGACAGUAAGAAAGCUGAGGAAAUUGAUUCUGUACCCAUCAGCAAAGGGUCAGGCUGCGACCUAUAUCACUACAAGAUGGACUACCCACACAUGGGAAUGUGCCUGAUUAUCAACAAUAAGAACUUCGACAGCAGCACAAAGAUGAGCACCCGUAACGGGACAGAUGUUGAUGCUGCUUUUGCCAUGAAGACGUUUUCUGAACUUGGUUAUACUAUUAAAGUGGCCACUGAUCAGACUGUAAAGCAGAUGAAGACUCUCAUGCAAAGUGUAUCCAAAGAGGACCACAGCCAGAGUGCUUCCUUUGUGUGUGUGUUGCUAAGUCAUGGCGAAGAGGGUGUGAUAUAUGGAACAGAUGGAUUUGAAAUGCUUGAAAACCUGACAAAACCUUUUAAAGGACAUCGCUGCAGGUCUCUGGUGGGAAAGCCAAAGCUGUUUUUUAUACAGGCAUGCCGUGGAUCAGAAUUAGAUGACGGGACAAGCAUCCAAGUUGACAGUGGAGAGGAGCAGUCGUCAGAGAGAAUUCCUGUGGAGGCGGACUUCUUGUAUGCUUAUUCUACAGCUCCAGGCUAUUAUUCAUGGAGGAACACACAAAAUGGUUCUUGGUUCAUGCAGGCACUGUGUGAGAUGUUGCAUCGUUUCAAAGGAGAGUUGGAACUGAUGCAGAUCAUGACUCGGGUGAAUCACAAGGUGGCAAUGCACUUCGAAUCCAGCUCCAACCUCCCUGGUUUUAGCAGCAAGAAGCAGAUUCCCUGCAUUGUCUCCAUGUUAACCAAAGACAUUUACUUCCCUAAAUGAACUAAUUUAUGGUCUGAAAAUUACACAGCAGUGGCAAGAAAAAAAAAAGUCAGCUAUCAACUUGAGCACUAUCAAAGUUCUUUUGCAUUUUCAUUUUAAGCUAUCUGUUGAUAGUUUUACCUGUCUUUUUACCACAACAUAUUUAAAGAGCUUCCAUUGGUAUCCCAAUACAGUGAGUCAAGGGUUUUUAUUUUAAGGGUGGGGGGUACAUGUGGUCUGUUUUAGGUCUUGAAAAAGAAUCUUGUGGAAUUCCUGUAUGUACCUAUGAUGACAUGACAUUUUCACACAGAAAAGUGUGGCAUUGGCAAGGAAUACUUUCAAUUGCCCAGCUCAGAUUGGGAAACAUGUGUGCUGUCAAAUAAAAUGUUAGAAAUGUAUUUUCUAUACUCCAUACAAAUUCUGCAUUUAAGUACUGAAAAAAAUAAA